GCUGAAAAGGAAAUUAACUUGCAGAUUUCUUGCUGCCGGCAAACCAGCCAGCGAGAGUCGGGGUCUGGGAGGGCCUAUGUCCCCUGAGCUGUAGUGACAGGGGUCUGGCACCCCCUCGCAGACAGCUCAGCCCCACCCCACCUAAGGGUCUGCAGCCAGACGAGCAGGACUCCGAGUCUGCAGGGACACCAUGGGCAGCAAAGAGCGGUUUCACUGGCAGAGCCACAAUGUUAAGCAGAGCGGAGUGGACGACAUGGUUCUUCUCUCCAAGAUCUCGGAGGACUCCAUCGUGGAAAACCUUAAAAAGCGCUUCAUGGAUGACUACAUCUUUACUUACAUCGGGCCAGUCCUCAUCUCAGUCAACCCCUUCAAGCAGAUGCCCUACUUCACUGACCGGGAGAUCGAGCUGUACCAGGGGGCGGCUCAGUACGAAAAUCCACCCCACAUCUAUGCUCUGAGCGACAACAUGUACCGAAACAUGCUGAUUGACGGCGAGAACCAGUGUGUCAUUAUCAGUGGAGAAAGCGGAGCUGGAAAAACUGUGGCAGCCAAAUACAUCAUGGGCUACAUUUCCAAAGUGUCCGGAGGUGGAGAGAAAGUGCAACACGUCAAAGACAUCAUCCUGCAGUCCAAUCCGCUGCUGGAGGCCUUUGGCAACGCCAAAACUGUCAGGAACAACAACUCCAGCCGAUUUGGAAAAUACUUUGAAAUCCAGUUCAGCCGAGGCGGUGAACCGGAUGGAGGGAAGAUCUCCAACUUCCUGCUGGAGAAGUCCAGGGUGGUGAGCCAGAAUGAGGACGAGAGGAACUUCCACAUCUACUACCAGCUCAUCGAAGGCUCCUCCAAAGAGCAGCAGCAGAACCUGGGGGUAAUGACCCCAGAUUAUUACUACUACUUGAACCAGUCGGAGACCUACAAGGUGGAUGGCACUGAUGAUCGGAGUGAUUUCCACGAGACCAUGAACGCCAUGCAGGUGAUAGGCAUCUCCGGCGAGCACCAGCAGCUCGUGCUGCAGAUCGUGGCUGGGAUCCUCCAUCUGGGCAACAUCAGCUUCAGAGAGCAGGGCAACUAUGCCCAGGUGGAGAGCUCUGACCAGCUGGCCUUCCCCGCCUACCUCCUGGGGAUCGACAAGGACCGGCUCAAUGAGAAGCUCACCAGCAGGAAGAUGGACAGCAAGUGGGGGGGCCGUUCAGAGUCCAUCAACGUGACCCUCAACGUGGAGCAGGCAUCCUACACCCGCGACGCCCUUGCCAAGGGCCUCUAUUCCCGGGUCUUCGACUUCCUCGUGGAGUCUGUGAACAGGGCCAUGCAGAAGCCCCAUGAGGAGUACAGUAUCGGGGUGCUGGACAUUUAUGGCUUUGAGAUAUUUCAGAGAAAUGGCUUUGAGCAGUUCUGCAUUAACUUUGUCAACGAGAAGCUGCAGCAGAUCUUCAUAGAGCUGACCCUUAAAGCAGAGCAGGAGGAGUAUGUGCAGGAGGGGAUCAAGUGGACCCCUAUCCAGUAUUUCAACAACAAAGUGGUGUGUGACCUGAUAGAGAACAAGCUGAAUCCUCCUGGGAUCAUGAGUGUCCUGGACGACGUCUGUGCCACGAUGCAUGCCACCGGCGAAGGGGUAGACCAGACGUUGCGGCAGAAGCUGCAGGCAGCGGUGGGAACGCACGAGCACUUCAACAGCUGGAACUCGGGCUUCGUCAUCCACCACUAUGCAGGCAAGGUCUCCUACGAUGUGAGCGGCUUUUGUGAGCGGAAUCGGGAUGUGCUGUUCACCGACCUGAUUGAGCUCAUGCAGAGCAGUGAAUAUGGGUUCAUCCGGACGCUUUUCCCAGAGAAGCUCGAUUCAGACAAGAAGAGCCGACCGACCACAGCUAGUUCCAAAAUCAAGAAACAGGCCAAUGACCUAGUGAACACGUUAAUGAAGUGCACCCCACACUACAUCCGCUGCAUCAAACCCAAUGAGACCAAGAGACCCAGGGACUGGGAGGAGAGCAGGGUGAAGCACCAAGUGGAGUAUCUGGGGCUGAAAGAGAACAUCCGAGUGCGCAGGGCAGGGUUUGCCUAUCGCCGUAUCUUCCACAAGUUCCUACAGAGGUAUGCCAUCUUGACUCCUGAAACAUGGCCACGCUGGCGGGGCGACGAGCGCCAGGGUGUGCAGCACUUGCUGAGGUCCGUUAACAUGGACACGGACCAGUAUCAGAUGGGCCGAAGCAAGAUUUUUGUCAAGAACCCGGAGUCGCUCUUCCUGCUGGAGGAAAUGCGGGAGAGGAAGUUUGAUGGGUUUGCCCGGAUCAUCCAGAAAGCCUGGAGGCGGCACAUUGCCAUCCGGAAGUACGAGCAGAUGCGGGAAGAGGCUUCCAACAUCUUGUGCGGCUUCAAGGAGAGGCGGAGGAACAGCAUCAACCGCAACUUCGUGGGCGACUACCUGGGCAUGGAGGACAGACCCGAGCUGCGCCAAUUCCUGGCCAAGAGGGAGCGGAUCGAUUUUGCCGACUCCGUCACUAAGUACGACCGGAGGUUUAAGGCCAUCAAGCGUGACCUCAUCCUGACUCCUAAGUAUUUCUACUUGAUCGGCCGCGAGAAGGUCAAAAAAGGCCCGGAGAAGGGUCAGAUCAAGGAGGUGCUGAAGAAGAAGGUGGAGGUCCAGGCUGUCCGUGCAGUCUCGCUCAGCACGAGGCAGGAUGAUUUCUUCAUCCUCCACGACAGCGAAUCCGACAGCUUCUUGGAGUCCAUCUUCAAGACGGAGUUCAUCAGCCUCCUGUGCAAGCGCUACGAGGAGGUCACCCGGAGCAAGCUGCAGCUCAGCUUCCACGACACACUACAGUUCCGGGUGAAGAAGGAAGGCUGGGGCGGAGGCGGCACCCGCAGCGUGACCUUCACGAGGGGACAAGGUGACGUGGCCAUCCUGAAGGCAUCGAGCAAAGCCCUGACAGUCAGCAUCGGGGACGGGCUCCCCAAGAACUCCAAGCCCACUCGGAAAGGGAUCCAGCAGAGCAGAGGCCACCACAGGCAACCGGCACCCACAAGAAGCACUCCCCAUGCUCCCAGAGGGAGCUGCCAGAACGGAGCUCCCCAGUUCCCCCGUAACAACAUGAGGCAGCGGGACCCGACAAACGCCGUACCGCAGAAGCAGCAGCGGGGGCCGCCCAACGCGGCACUGCCCAAGCAGGGCGCCAGCCGCAAGGUCAGGACAAGACCCCCCUCGGACCACAACCUGGAGUUCCUGAACGUGCCCGACCAGGGAGUGGCAGGCAUGCAGAGGAAGAAAAGCAUAAGCCAGCCCCCUCCUGCAAGACGGCCCAAGCCCCAGCCCAAGGUCACGGUCCCACGCUGCCGGGCCCUGUAUCAGUACACCGGGCAGGACGUGGAUGAGAUCAGCUUCAAUGUGGGAGACGUCAUAGACAUCCUGAUGGAAGAUUCCUCGGGGUGGUGGAAAGGUCGGCUACACGGGCGAGAAGGGCUCUUCCCUGGGAAUUACGUGCAGAAGAUCUGAGCCUUGGGCCGAGGGUGCGUGGACAGGUGCUUUGGGACAGACAUGGCUGAGCCUUCCAACCUCAUCUUCUGAUAAAGACUGUGUGGCCAAUGUGAAAACAGGCUCCUCCCACACAGGCGAAACAGGCUCCUCCCACUCUGCCUCCCGAGGCGGGGUAGGCUGGAUGCGUGGCGGACAGAUCGGGAUGGGGAAAUGGCGACACAACCGUUGUUUGGAUUCCCGGGCGCACGCUUCAUCGGCGGCAUGUGUUUAAAGCUCGCUCCCGUACGGCUGCUGAGCAGCUGCUUGGUGUGGCUUUCUGCUGACGCUGGCAUUUUAACGGGUGCUUUCCUUUCCGGCUGCCCGCCCUACAGGCCCCCUGCUCCAUCUCUGUUGCCCAGCUCCCGUCCUGCUCUCCUGCUGCUAAGUGAUCUGGAGCUUUGUUCAUUGCUGGUCCAAGCCACCUUUGCAGUAGCUGGCUCACGUGAAAAACCUUUUGCAGCAAGGACAGCCCAUUAGACGUCUGUACGAUACCUAGCACAAUGGGACUAGGACUUUUAGGUGGCUAUGAGGUCCCAAUAAUAUAUUAUCAUAACGUUGCACUCGGCGUUGACUUCAGCGCUGUGACCCGGCACCCAGAACUCCUGCACUGUUUCUGUUGCACACUGAAUCUUGAAUCAAGAUCAGCAGAGAACAUAGGGAUGAGGAGCCGGCAUCGCCAGCGGCUUGGCAGGGGAUGAAUCCCACCUCUGCAGCACGACUGGAUUCCUCACUGCUCCCCCCCACAGCAAGACAUGCAGUCUCUUGUCCGAGAUGGUGUUUACAGCCAGGCAGCACAGCCCCCUGGUCCUUAUGCAAUGAAUGUUGAGUUUGCUCCUCUGGACGGUUACCUCAGAGAAGAAGAUUCUUCUUUAUCUACACUCAGAAGGUGCAAGGAUAAACCACGUGGGACUGGGAUGAGACUGAGAAUGGUCAUUCCAGCACAACGUGAGACUGUGCAACGCGGGAAGCCCUAGCACAGCGUGGGUGCUGCCAUCACCUGACUACCUGGGAAGAGAGCCACAAGCAACAGGUGAUGGAAGUGCCAGGAGUUAACGAGGCUGGCUGGAAAUGAGUUCCAGGCAGGGCAGGUCAUACUGCCCCUGCUAACCCCAGUGCUCCAAAGUGGCUGACUCAACAGGUGUAGCAAUUUGUCAUCAUUACUGAAGAGCUUGCCCUUUUCAAACCAGCAGGUCAGCAAAGGGUGACCGUGGUUAUGUGCCAAGGUGACUGUGACUCUUGUAUCAGCACCAGAGUUGCAGUGAGCAGCAGAUUUGGUUUAUCUUCCUGACCCACACCCCGUCUGCAGGAGGAGAUGGACCAAAGUCAGUGCAAAAUGUUCUGAAUUGGGUGUUCGUAUUCCCUCUUAAAAUACCAGUUAAGUGGGAGCUGGUAUUCCUCAGUAAUGACCCGACAAAGCGUCUCAGCUGGAGGGGAAAGUUUCUGACUCAACUGUUGAUUCUCUUUUUGUUGAGUAAGAAGGCAGCAAAACUAUCCCUGUGGGUUAAAUAAACCUUUCUCUCCUGA